UUUUCUUGCACCAAACUUCACAUAUCAUCAACCUGCUUGUUGCCAGAUAAGUUGAAAGCUAGUACUUUGAUACUAGAAUAUAAAGCAGGUUAAUGGAUACUACAAACGAAGAGGGGGGAAAUUCAUCUUCACCGACGUCUGCACAUCCAUUUCGGCUUUUUUCUCUUGCUGAAAUUCAAUAUGCAACCAAAAACUUUGAUGAUGAACUGGUCAUUGGACAGGGUGGAUUUGGAAAGGUAUUCAAAGGUUAUAUUUCAAGUGAAGAAGUUGGUCAUGUUGUAGCCAUCAAACGGUUGGAUUCUAUGUCCGACCAAGGGGAACCCGAGUUUAGAGCUGAAAUCGACAUGCUUUCUAAGUUGCGCCAUUCUCACUUAGUGUCUCUAAUCGGUUAUUGUCAUGAAAAUAAGGAGAAGAUCCUUGUUUAUGAAUACAUGUCCAAUGGAACCCUCUACCAUCAUCUACACAAAGCCGACACUCCUUUAACUUGGUUGACACGGCUUAACAUAGCCAUAGGUGCGGCACGUGGUUUGGCGUACCUUCACACCAGCAGAGUCAUACAUCGUGACGUGAAAAGUUCAAACAUUCUUUUAGAUGAGAACUGGGCGGCUAUGAUUUCGGAUUUUGGUUUGUCCAAAAUCGGCCCAGAUAAUCAACCAAUUUCUUGUGUUAACGCAAGUGUUAAAGGCACAUUCGGGUAUCUUGAUCCAGAGUAUUUCUAUACCAGAAAAUUGACAAGGAAAUCCGAUGUUUACUCAUACGGGAUUGUAUUAUUCGAAUUGCUAUCUGGAAGGCUUGCUGUAGACGAACGCAAUGAGGAGGACGAAUGUAGUUUGGUAAGGUGGGCUCAAAGAUGUGUCAAAGAAAGAAAAUUAGAUCAAAUCGUUGAUUCUAAUAUCAAGGGAACGAUUUCUGCCAAGUGUUUAAAACGGUUCGCUCAAAUUGCAGAUCGUUGUGUGCACAAUGAUCCGAAAGAACGUCCUUCUAUGACUCAGGUAGUGGCCUCACUUCAGGCUUUAAGUGUACUACAGGAGAAAUCUAACCAUUCUGGCGAGUCAUCAAACAUAAUGGGUUUCAACUGGAAAGUUCAUAAGUAUCUUGUUUCCAGGAGUAAACCAAACUCCGCAUUUUUAGACCAAAGUGGAACAAGUUCACCAAACAGACUUGACAACAACUUGAAUCAGCAUGAGGAAUCAGUGACCAGAGGCUUAAAAUCGUUCUCAUAUGAUGAAUUAACACUUGCUACAAGGGACUUUGGAUUUCAAAUAUGCUUGGAUGAGAGGAGUCAUUAUGGAAUGGUUUACAAAGGAUGGGUUGAUAAAACGACAUAUACCCCAUUUAAGGAUAAUACUGAAUUGCCCAUUGUAGUUAAGAAACUUCCCUACAGUCAUAAUAAACUAGAAAUGUUGAAAGAAUUUUGUCAUCCCAACAUUGUUAAGCCCUUAGGAGAGUACUACCACUUCCUUGUGUAUGAAUUCAAGAGUAAUGGGAACUUUGAGGAUCUCCUUCUUAGUGGAGUUGUAGCACGACUUUCAUUGGAUAUAAAGGUAAAAAUCUUAGUAGGAAUUGCUCGAGGGACUGUUUUCUUGAAAAAACCACAAUUAAAGAAAACAUGGCUGAAAGUUGGUGAUUCCAUGCUUGACAGACACAAGAUAUGGCUGGAUGAGGAUUUUACAGCAAAGAUUGCAGAUUAUGACAGCAAUCAUUAUGUGCUAUCCAAUCCAGAUAUUGAAAGGGUGGACUUAGCGCUAGAGUGCAAUCUUUCUGGUUAUAAAGUGAUAUUCAUGGAGGUCUUAAUAGGGGAACGUAUCUUCAGUUCUAAUAGAGUAGCGAAAAUUGAAACCGGUUAAUCUCUUAACAUCUCAUAGUUUAGUUAGAUAAUUAGAAUUAAUAUUACAUAUGGCGGUUAUGAAGUUGAAGGACCAAAGUUGACAACAUGGAAGUUGGAAACUACCCUAAUAACCGAAUGGGUGUGUCUCUACACACAUACCAUUUCGAAUCGGUGCAAGGAAAAGAACAAAGGGACGCGACUGUUGAUCGAGUGGACAAUAUUCGACGCACCUCUUCAAGAUUCAAUCUCAACCACAUAUCCAAGAGACGUGUCCUUUCACGAAGAGACGCAACUAUUCACUCGUACCCGUAGAAAACUAUAAAUAGGGACUUGUAGAUUCAUUUGUAACAUACUCUCAAUUCGAUUUGUAAACAUUCAUUCGUUUAUUACAAGUUAUUGUUAUUCAA